AUGGGACCCAAAGUAAGCCUAGCCCGAGGCGUUACCCGACCUUACGAAGCUGAAGAGUUGGAUUAUUUGAAAGAUCCGGUGGGCCUUGAAACGAACGACAAGAGACACGUUCGCUUUGAAUCACAGCUCCAAGUUCCCAAACCUGGUCAGAUUGAAUACACUCGAUUGCCCAAACGCGGACGAAAUAUUAUCGCCAGGGUCUACUGGGCCUUACCGGGGCUUAUCCGCUUUGCCAUCAUCAUCUUUCCCAUGGUCGCCAUAUUCAUCAUUAUUUUACGCUACAUCUUUAGUGGACGUGAUGUCCUCGGACUUAGCGCCACCUCGUUGACCCUUGUGUGCGCAAAUAUUGGAGUUGUUCUUCUCAUAGGCCUUGUCUUAGACUCCUUGGUCGUACUUCGGCAUGGACUCCGUUUACCACUGGCCCAAAAUGAGGCAAUUGAGUUAACCUCCCUUGCAUUUGUGUGGUGCUUCUUCGUCUUGUGGGCUACAACUGGUGUCGUCCUUUGGUUGACUUUUGCCGCUUUUGAGGGCAAUAUCGCCGAACGCUAUCUACUAGCGCAACAGUUUGACGCCAAAAUAUCACAACGUGAUGCUUUGGGGCUUCAUCACCAAGCAGUGCACUACUGUCCUCGAUCGACUUAUGUGACGGAAUUGCGUUCCCAAAAAUCGGCAGGCAUGAACACCAAGACAGUUUUAGUCACAGGAGCAAACGGUUACAUCGGCAGAGCCGUGGCCUGUGCGUUUGUGCGUGCUGGGUGGGUUACGUACGGUCUAGUUCGCUCGUCAAAGUCCAUCACAUCGCUCGCAGCUGAAGAAAUACUGCCAGUGGUUGGCGCUAUCGAUGACAUUGCCUCGCACAGCGCGAUCAGCGAUGCCCUUCCACCAACACUGAACGUGAUCGUAUCCGCUACAGAGAACAUAUCAAAUUAUGCUCCGCAUUUCAACAAUAUUAUCACGCUCCUUCGAACCCUUUCAAUAUCUAGCUUGGCCAAUGGUGUUCAUCCUCUGGUGAUCUUUACUGCAGGAAGCAAGGACUAUGGUGUUGGACCUCACUUUGCUGAUGACCCCAACUUGACGCCGCACGAUGAGCAUUCACCUCUCCACCCUCCUCCAUUUGCUAUUCCCCGAGUACAAAACACGCCGAAGCUGUUUCAAAAUUCCGAUGCAUUUGCAGCUGUGCUCGUUCGACCGACUAACGUAUACGGCCGAGCUUCAAGUUAUUACAGUGCCUGCUUUCGAGUCGGCUCCAGGGCAGCGUCAAAUAAAGACUCAAAUCAGCAACUCCUCAUCGCGCCAACUCAGCCUAAUUGGAUAUGCCAUGAACUGCAUAUCGAUGACUGCGCUGAAGCUUACGUCGCUAUCGCGUCUGCACCAAGAGAAACUGUCGAAGGCGAGGUAUUCAAUAUCUCGUCUCAGAGUUUUGAAACAGCAGAAAAGAUUCUUGAUGCGAUUGUAAAGGAGUAUGGGCUUGCAGGAGGAAUAAGAUAUGUGGACCUCAAAGACUUGAAACCUGAUGAAGAUUCGUCACUGGCAAUGGUGGUUGGUUUCCCGCAAUGGACGUGCUCACAGAAGUUGAGGAGAGUCACGGGCUGGACAGACCGUCGCUUGCCCUUUUCAGAUGCAAUACAUGUUUACCGACUGGCCUACGAAGCGGCCGCACACUUGAGGGACGAGAACGUGGAAAAGAUUGGGAGAACUACUGGGGUCGUAAUGACUACGAUACAAAGUCCAGACUGA